AUGGCCGAGAAAAACGGAGGGAAAAUAAUUAAUGAUGACUAUGAGGGUUACAAAACGUCAAAGAGUUACUGCUUGUUGAGAAGUUGCUCAAGACAGCUCAAUAUGAGUCCCGGUUCACUGUCCGGUGUAAGUAUGUACGCUAAGAGUUUGUCCGAUGCCAAAGAGCAAGAGGCGUUUGAACUGGAUGGUAAGGUAAGACAGAGAACCAGCACAUUUGAAGUCGAAACUUCAAACAACCCCGACGCACUGUCGAUCAAUCCUCCUGAAUCUGCCGGUCCGGAUUCUGCCCCCUCAGGAAGUCCACUAUUAAGUAACUUCAAAGCCAGCUUUUUCAAAUACUUGAGGUUUAUUGGACCUGGGAUCAUGGUUAGUGUCGCAUAUAUCGAUCCCGGUAACUAUUCCACCGCGGUAAGUUCUGGUGCUGCGCACCAAUUUUCUUUGCUAUGCAUUGUCUUGUUAUCGAAUUGUAUUGCUAUAUUCCUACAGUGUCUGUGUAUCAAGCUUGGUUCGGUCACUGGCCAGGACUUAUCCAGAGCGUGUCGACUAUAUCUCCCCAGAUGGUUGAAUUUGAUUGUAUACUUUUUCGCAGAAUGUGCUAUCAUCGCCACGGAUGUCGCAGAAGUUAUUGGUACUGCCAUUGCGCUGAAUAUUUUGAUCAAGGUUCCACUUCCAGCGGGUGUGGCCAUCACAGUAAUUGAUGUAUUCACCGUGAUGUUUGGUUACAAGCCCGGUUCAAGUUCAAUCAAAUUCGUGAAAAUGUUUGAGUACGGUGUCGCCACUCUGGUUAUUGGCGUGUGCAUCUGUUUUGCUAUCGAACUCGCAUAUAUUCCAAAGGGUACUGUAUCCGUCGGCCACGUUUUCAGAGGGUUUGUACCAUCCAGACAAAUGUUCCAAAAUAACGGAAUGUACGACGCAAUUUCUAUUCUGGGUGCCACCGUUAUGCCCCAUUCGCUAUUUCUGGGCUCUGCAUUGGUUCAACCGCGUUUGCUGGAGUACGACAUUUCCCACAACAAUUACUCUGUUCUGGAAGAUGACCGGAUCGAUGACAAGAACAGGGAAGAAGUAAUGGAGGAAAGGUAUUUCAACUACAGACCGACCAUGGCUGCAAUCAAGUAUUGUAUGAAGUAUUCAAUGAUUGAGCUCGGAUCCACGCUAUUCACGCUGGCCUUGUUUGUCAACUGUGCUAUUUUAAUCGUGGCAGGGGCUACACUAUUCGGUACACCGAAUGCUGCCGAGGCAGAUCUAUUUGGCAUCCAUCAGUUGUUAUCCAGAAACCUAGCGCCGGCUGCUGGUACCAUUUUUAUGCUGGCAUUGUUGUUGAGUGGACAAUCUGCCGGGAUUGUUUGCACAAUGGCAGGCCAGAUUGUUAGUGAGGGCCAUAUCAACUGGAAAUUGAAACCGUGGCAAAGGCGGUUGGUAAGCAGGUCUAUUUCCAUCAUCCCUUGCCUUGUUAUCUCGAUUUGCAUCGGUAAGGAGGCCCUGAAUAAAGCUUUGAAUGCUUCUCAGGUCGUCUUAUCUAUUGUCUUACCCUUUUUGGUAGCACCAUUGAUAUAUUUCACUUGCAGCAAAAAAAUUAUGAAGACGGAGAUUACAGAGACGGAAGGUCCAGCGGAACCAGCUCAGACAAGAGACAGUGACUUAUCAGCCCUUGACGUUCUAGAUAACACAGAUGAAAUUGACAAUGAGCGCCUUGAAAACGAACCCGAAAUUAAAACUGUAAACAUGGCCAACAACUGGGCAACAACUAUUGUCGCCAUCCUUGUGUGGAUUUUCCUCUCUCUAUUGAACGUUUACGCCAUCGUUCAACUGGGGAUAUCCCAUGGGGACAUAAACUAA